AUGGGUUUGGAAGUGCAAACCCAGUUUCUUGUCGUGGGUGCCGGACCUGCGGGACUCGGCCUAGCCAGCUUUCUUGGACAACAUGAAUGUCUGCGCGACCUGGGGAUUGAGAAGCAAGCUCUUGAGCAAUCAGUCCGCGGUCGUGCCUUUCAGUCAAUGCGCUGGUCCCAGAGCAUGGUCGGCGAAGAAUAUGGCAAAGUCCUAGGAUGGGCCGAGCAUCCGUCCUGUGUUGGCAACGCGUUCGGCAUCACUCCGUGUGAGUAUGCUGAGUUCUCCCAGUCGGAAUUGGAGCCUCUUCUAGUGCGGUAUGCUUCUCAUCACAAGUUCCAAGUCCGGUUCUCUACCGAGUUGGUGAGCUUGCAGGAGCUAGACUGUGAUGGUGUGCAGGCAGGGUACAUAUGCACUAUCCGGGACAAUCUCACCCAUGGGACCUUCCACGUCCGCACCCAGUACCUGUUCGGUGCAGAUGGGGCACGAAGCCAGGUAGCCCGGCUGCUGGAUUUCAAGUAUCUCAGCAAGCCCAGUGGUGGCAAGGCCUGCAAUAUUCUUAUUCGCGCGGACCUGGCAAGUCAUAUGCACGAGGACCGCCACGCUGCUCUUCACUGGAUCUUGAAGCCCGAUCGGACUUCAUUCUUCGGCCUCGUGGCACAUCUGCGCAUGGUCCGUCCCUGGGAUCAAUGGGUGCUGGUAGGCUUUGGUCCAAAUGGUAGCGACCCAUUCGAGGGGCUGACGCCUGAAAGCCCCGAGUUGAUCCAUUGUAUACGGGAACUAAUUGGAGAUGAAUCUGUUGAUAUCGAGAUUCUGCGUAUGGAUCACUGGACUGUGCGUGAAAGUAUCGCCGAGAUUUACUCCAUUGACGAUGCUAAUGUUUUCCUCCUUGGUGAUGCCGCACAUCGCCACCCUCCUGCAUUUGGGUUGGGGAGUAAUACUUGUGUUCAGGAUGCGUAUAAUCUUGCGUGGAAGGUUGCAUAUGUGUCUAAGGGACUUGCAGGCCAUCAGUUGUUAGCGUCAUACAGCAAGGAGCGCCAGCCCGUUGGUGCUAUGCUUGUUCGGGAGGCUAAUAACGGCCUUCACGCGCAAAAGGAUGUCUGGCAAUCAGUGGGAAUGUUUGCUGCAACCCCGGAAGAAGGUUCAAAACAACUGUCUGUGCUGUUUCAACCAACUGAUGAAGGGGCGGCGUAUCGCGAGAAAGUCCAUCAUGCCAUGAAGCACAUAGAGACCGAGCUUCAUAGUUGGGGUGCCGCUUACAAUCAGUGGUACGAAUCAACUGCGGUCUAUCUUGCGGACGAGGAGAACGGCAGGCCAGAAUUAGAGGGCAGUCCAAUCCUGCAAGUUCAAGUCACAACAUAUCCUGGCAGCCGACUCCCUCACGCUUGGCUGGAUAUCCCUACCCGUGGCAAGAAAGUUUCGACACACGACCUAGCUGGCAAAGGUGCCUUUUGUCUCUUCACGGGGAUCGGUGGUGACGGUUGGAAAGAAGCAGCCAAAAACAUCGCCAGCUCAACCGGAAUCCCUAUCAAUGUGUGUGGUAUCGGCUUCGGGCUCGACUACAGUGAUGUGCAUCGGGACUGGCAUGAAAACCGAGGGGUGGAAGAAAGUGGCUGCGUUCUUGUCAGGCCGGACAGAUUUGUUGCUUGGAGAUCUAAGAAAUUAGUCCCCGACUGCCAGGGCGCGCUAACGCAUGUUUUGAACUCGAUUCUCUCUAGAGAUCAGGUAUGA